AUGAAUGUUAAUUUAAUCUGUCCUCAACACAAAUAACAAGUUAUACAAGCUUGUAUCGAUUUAGAUUGCUCAGUAUUCCCUUUCAUGUGUAAAGUAUGUAUGACAGAUUAAAAAACCAUUUCUUAACAUACAAAACACAAUCAAUGCUUAAUACCUUACUAGUAAUAUGUAACGUUGAUGAGUAAAUAAAUCGAAGACCAUGUACAUGAUGCUAACAAAUAUAUUGAUCUCUUUAGCAAAGAAUCUUAAGUAGUCUAAUAAAUUUUGUUAACAGAUGAACAUUUGAAUAAUAUGGAAGGAUAUGUGAGAUCAUAAAAGCAAUAAAUUGAAUUAGAUAUCAAUUAAGCAUUAGAAUCCAUCACAUUGCUUUUUGAAUUGCAUAAAACAGAGCUAUUGAACAAAUUAGAUCAAUAUCUUAAAAUAUACAAAAACAACUUUUUUAUCCUUAAAGAACAACUAGAACCUAUUCAUUUCCUUCUAACAAAAUGUAAAUAUUAUGGAAAUGAGAAUAAUUUAAAAGUAAAGUUAAUCUCUAUAAUAGUAAAAAUUACAUACUAAACCUGAUUUAGGCUCAUAAAUUAAAGUAUCAAUCAAAUAAAUGUCUAUAAUGAAGAAACCUGAAUUAUUAAAAUAAGUAUUGGAUAAAGUCAAAAAAGCUUAAGAAUUAGAAUAUAACAAUGAAAAUUUUACUAGAUUAUUAACUGAUGCUAUGAAUUCAAUUAAAGACUAUUAUAUCAAGAAUGUCAGUAUUCCUAAUCAAACACUAAUAGAAAUUAACCAAUAACCUACAAUACCUACUACUAUUUAAGCAAUAUCAUCACCUCCAAUUAAAAGUAAAUCUAUGGAUGCAUCAAAUGCUGAUAAAGUAACAAUGUUGGAUGAUAACAAAACAGUGAUUUCUGCAGUGGAUACUAAAAUCUCUCUAUAAAAUUAGUUAUAACCCAUUAUCAUUCCAAAUAUUAAUGUUUAAAUAUUAGAUAAUAGAAUAAUUGAAGAUAUUACUUAAUCAAGAGUAAUUUUAAUAUUAUAUUUUUAGAAUCAUUCCAAUUAAAGAUUUAGAAUUAAAAAAAAGUUAAGUAUUGAAUUCUAAGUGACAUCAUUGGCUCUUGUUAGUAAUUCAUCUGUUGCUUUAGGAUUAGCUGAUGGAACAGUCAAAUUAUUAGAUAUGACUACAAGUAAAGUUAGUUUCUAUCCUAAUACUUAUAUUCAACAUACUAAACCAGUCUCUCAACUUUUAAUUUUAAAAUAAAAUAGAGGGACAAGGUUGGCAUCUUUAAGUGAAGAAAAUUAUGCUAUUAUUUGGACUUUGGGAGAAAAUUAUGUACCCUAUCCAGAAAGAAAAUUAAUUGGAUUUAAAUCUAAAUUGAAUAGAAUCAUGGAUAUAGCUGAUUCAUCUCAUCUUCUUUGUUAGAGUGAUACUAAUCUCUAAGUUAUCAAUUAUCAUGAUAAUCGAAUAGCUUUUUCUUUUGAUUUUAAAACUUAACUUAUUGAAUUUCUUUAUGUAAGCAAACAUGAGAAGUUUGCCACUAUUUCAUAGGGAAAUAUUGUCUCUAUCUACAGUUUAAAAAUAAGCAAUAAUCUGUAAGGAGCAAUGUUGUUAGUUAAUUGUGAACUAGAAUUUAUUCAAUCAGCUCUUCUAUCUCUAAUAUAAGUACAUGUAUUGCCACAGAAUAUUUGAA